AUGUACUUCUUGUGUUUUAUUGGAUUUCAAUUAAAUCCCAUGUCGAUAGAUAUCAAUUCACUGAACAUAUUGACAAAAUUAUUUAAUUUUUUAAAAGAUCACAGAAUGUCGCUUCAAGGAGCUAAUCUAAAUCUGAACGAUGUGUGGGCGAAAGUUUCGGAGGGUAUUGAACACGUCUAUCGCAUUCAAGAUAUGUCAGCUACAGCCUAUAUGGAGCUUUAUACUCAUGUGUAUAAUUACUGUACAGCUACACAACAUCAUACAAAUACGAGACCAGCAGGGCGAGCUGUCAAUGGCAAUAGUCGGGGUUCGAAUAUGGCUGAUGGAGCAAAUAUCGUUGGGGGUGAAUUAUAUGCAAGAUUGAAGAAUCACUUGAAAAAUUAUUUGGAGAAAAUCUGUGAAAAAGGACUUGAUUUACAAGGAGAAGAUGUGCUUCGAUUCUACACGACGAACUGGGAACAGUAUCGCUUUUCGAGUAAAGUAACGAACGGCUUCUGCAAUUAUCUGAAUCGUCAUUGGGUUCGACGAGAGUACGAUUCAGGUAAAAAAGAUGUUUACGAAGUUUUCACCAUGGCCAUUGAAAUUUGGCAAAUGAUUUUCUUUCAACCACUGAAUAAACAAGUAACAUCAGCGUGCCUUCAACUAAUCAAAUCAGAACGUCAUAAUGAAGUUAUUAACACACGAUUGAUAAGUGGGGUUAUUCAGAGUUAUGUUGAACUCGGUUUUUCGGAAAACUCCGGUGGAACAAAUACUCCUAAUCAAAUCACUUCACCAACAUUGACUGUUUAUAAAGAGUACUUCGAAGCACAGUUUCUUCAUGAUACAGAACAAUUCUAUCGUCUUGAAGCAGCCACAUUUCUUGUUCAUAAUUCCGUCACUGAAUACUUGAAAAAAGUUGCACAACGUCUUGACGAAGAAGUUCAUCGAGUACAAUCCUAUUUACACUCGUCCACAUUAGCAGCAUUAAUCAAAAAGGUUGAAGAAGUCUUGAUUCGCGAUCAACUCGAAGCAAUUUAUGCUGAAGCGAAAAUACUUCUACGUGAUGAAAAACAUUCAGAUUUGGCCCUUCUGUAUAAAUUAGUCAAUCGAGUACCAAAUGCCACACUUGAAUUGAAAAGAAUUGUCGAAGAUCACAUUCGUCAAAUGGGUAUUGAUGCUAUCGAACGUGUUAGCAGUACAGCAAUCAAUGAUCCCAAACUUUAUGUCGAAACUAUUUUGGACAUUCACACGAAAUUCUUCAAACUCGUACAAGUUGCUUUCAAUAGUGAACAAGGUUUCACAGCUGCGCUUGACAAAGCUUGUGGUAAAUUCAUUAACAAUAACGCAGUCACGACAGCAGCUGGUAACACAACUAAAUCGCCAGAAUUAUUAGCACGAUACUGUGAUGCGCUGUUAAGAAAAGGAAGUAAAGCCGUCGAAGAAACAGAUCUUGAAGAAAAAUUCAAUCAAAUCAUGGUGGUUUUCAAUUACGUUGAAGAUAAAGAUGUCUUUCAGAAAUUCUAUGGUAAAAUGUUAGCCAAACGUUUAGUUGGCCAACUAAGUGCAUCCGAUGAUUACGAAGAAUCUAUGAUAUCCAAACUAAAACAAGCAUGUGGUUUCGAAUAUACAUCUAAACUACAACGAAUGUUUCAAGACAUUGGCGUUAGUAAAAACUUAAUCGAUCAAUAUCGUACACAUUGUGAAAGCAAACGACUAGAAGAUAUUGUGGACUUCUCUGUUAUGGUUCUCAGUUCAAACUCAUGGCCUUUUUCUGCUCCACCACAAUUUGUCCUACCCCAUGAGCUCAAACGAACAUUUGAUAGUUUCACGCAUUUUUAUACUCAACAACACAAUGGUCGCAAAUUGACAUGGCUUCACCAACAUUCGAAAGGCGACCUACAAACUUUGUACACAAAACCUAAAUAUAUUCUACAUGUAUCAGCAUAUCAAAUGGUCAUUUUACUUUUAUUUAAUAAACUUCCAACUUGGACAGUCGAGCAGAUGCAAGAUGAAACUCAAAUAAAGAGUGAUCUAUUUUUACAAGUCCUUUGCCUUUUAUUGAAGAGUAAAGUAAUCACAAGUCCACAAAUAAACGAGGACGAGUUGGAUGAGGAUUUUAAAGAAGCUGAUAUCAAAAUGAACUAUCAAGUUCAGGUAGCUACUGAGUACAAGAGUAAAAAAAUAAAAAUUAAUCUGAACGUUCCUUUGAAAUCAGUCGAACAGAAAGAUAUCGAGGGUUUGCAUCGAACCAUCGACGAAGAUCGUAAAAUGGUUAUCCAAGCUGCAAUCGUCCGAACAAUGAAAGCUCGUCAAACAUUGAAGCACGCUUUACUAAUGCAAGAAGUGAUUCAACAACUAAGUUCACGCUUCAAACCUAAAAUACCUGUGAUCAAAAAAUGUAUCGAUAUUUUAAUCGAGAAGGAAUAUCUCGAACGACAGACCAAUGAAAAAGAUGUUUUACGUUACUUAGCUUGA